GCGGGGCCAAAUGCCGAAGCGGGGUCUUAAGAAGUGGGCGUGAUGAGCGGUGAAGAGUCUGUCGAGCUGCGAAACUACGCUUCCCGGCAUCCCCCGCGGCGCAGGCAGAAGGCAGAAGACGUGCUCCAAAGCAGCAGCGUGAUGCCUGGUAUCCCAUUCUUGCCGUUUUCCAUCUUACUUGGAGUUCUGGGAAUCUUGUGUGUGGGCUUCACAGUGUAUUGGAGUCACCACUGGCUUGGUGGCUUUGCCUGGGAUGGAUCGUCUCAGAUGUUUAACUGGCACCCAGUUCUCAUGGUGACAGGAAUGUUGGUCUUGUAUGGCGCUGCUGCACUGGUAUAUCGGGUACCCCUCUCCUGGCAGGGAUCCAAGCUUCCAUGGAAGCUACUACAUGCAUCUCUGACCUUGAUAGCAUCCAUCAUUGUUGUCCUGGGUCUAGUAGCUGUCUUUGAGUUUCACAAUGUGCAGAAGAUCCCAAACAUGUACUCAAUACACAGCUGGAUAGGUCUGUCAGCUGUGCUGCUCUUCUUCUGCCAGUGGCUAAUGGGGUUCUGUUCUUUCCUGCUGCCUUGGGCCCCCAUCUGGUUCAGAACCCUCUACAAGCCCAUCCAUGUCUUCUUUGGCUCUGCCAUCCUCUCCUUGGUUGUGACAGCAUGCAUCUCUGGCAUCUUUGAAAAACUAUACUUCAGACUCUCAAACUCAUCAACCCCUUACUCCAUGCUUCCUACAGAAGCUUUGUUUGGCAAUGUACUUGGGAUGUUAAUCCUGGUGUUUGCACUUUUGGUGUUGUGGGCUCUGGCCAAACCUGCAUGGAAACGUCCAGAUGUGAAUUCAGAAGACACCCAAGAGCCUUUGCUACAUGGAGCCAGAUGAAAUGUAAUGAAGUAACUCUGCAGAACAACCAAGAAGUGCUGCAAUGGCCAAUUCUCCACUGAGAUUUGAGGCUGUCUCCAAUAUGGGAAUCUGCAUCUUGAAUCGGUGCAGUAAGAAAAAGCAACAAGCUUCCCAGCCUGUUCUAUUUGAUGGCUCUGCUUUUUGAUGGCUUGAAGUACUUUUGCUACAAUGGACAGCCGGACAGCAAGUUCUGAACAGCCCAUUCUCUGUUUGCUAUUUGAAUUUGGGGUUUUUUUAGUACAUUUAUGGCUCACCAAAAACUUAAAUUAUCAACUAAAAUAAAUGAUUUUGUUUAA